CAACAAACUAUGCCUUUCCAAAUGCCGGAAUGGUUGCCGGUCCUGCUACUAGAACAUYGCCAAGAAAUGCUACAAUAGGCAUUCAUCCGCGUACACGGAGUAUGACAUCCGUAUCAACUGGAGCGCCAACAAACUAUGUCUUUCCAGCCGCUCAUGGAUUGCACCUAGACGAGAACGGAGCCACAGGACCAACGACCAGAUCGAGGAAACGAUCCCCGCAAGCUAUUGGUACGAUAGAAAGACGAACCGAAGCGGAACCCGAUAAUUCCACAUCUGACCCUACGGAAAUUUCUCGGAAAAGGAGAAGAACCGCAAGCCGCAAAAAGCCGCCUCCAGGAGCGGCACUUAAGAAACCACCAGCAGGAGCAAGUUGCAAGAAGCGUAGCGUAAAUGAUACCGAGGAGAAGCCUACGGCAGAAGUCGUAAACUGCUGUAUUUGUAUGAACGACGUAGAACCGAACGAACUUGCUUCGAUCAAUGGCUGCGAACACAAAUUUUGCUUUUGCUGCAUUGAAAAAUGGUCCGAACGCGAAAAUAAGUGUCCGCUAUGCAAGGCAAGAUUCGGAAAGAUCGAACGUGUUAACAAAAAAAGGAAAAAGGGGACAAAGAAUACAAAAAAAGUCAAACAACGGGAUCAACGCUCGGAUGUAGCGCCUGGCGCUGCUCUGGAAGGAUUGAUAGGUAAGAUCAAGUCUGUGGAGGUGCAUCUCGGUAUAUGAAUUUAAACUUUUCGGUCGACUUUGGUUAGCACAGUGCAAAUCCGUUUAACUAACCUUUCAUUGAUUAAACUCUUUUGUCAUAUAGCAAACUUGAAUAGAAGCAGAGGUCUGGC